GGCGAUCGGGGGAUUGUUCGCCUGGAUAUCACCGUGAACAGUAUGGCCACCGAUACUGCUGCGCCGCCUCUGGCGAAGUACUUGGCUUCCACUGAGAAAAAGACCCGCGAUAAGGCGGUCAAAAAUUUGGCGGUUUUCCUGUCGGAUCCCUCACGAGAUGCUCUGCCCAAGAGUGAGAUGGACAAGCUUUGGAAGGGGCUAUUCUACUGUUUCUGGAUGUCGGACAAGCCGUUAGUCCAACAAGCACUUGCAAGCGAGCUGGCCGAGUUGGUCCUCACGAUCAAGACGACAAGUGCCGCUUUGGCAUUUCUGAGGGGAUUUUGGGACGCAAUGUGUCGCGAAUGGGCUGGCAUUGAUCGCUUAAGAUUGGACAAGUACUACAUGCUCGUUCGGCGCUUCGUCAACGCAUCAUUCCGACUUCUCCUGCGCAAUGAUUGGAGCGAAGAAGUAUGCUCGGAAUACAACGAAAUUCUGACAAGACCUGGGGGAGGUCCUUUGUGUCCUUCGGACCAGAAAAUACCUUCUAGCCUUGGUUAUCAUGUCUGCGACGUCUACCUCGAGGAACUUGAGAAGGCCGUCGCGUCCCGCGAAGACGAAAUCCCAUCCGUUCCCCUCGCCAUACUCAUAUCCCCCUUCCUCAACCUCGCAUCUCGCACCAUCAACUCGCGGACAUACGCAAGGGUGGAAUCAACAGUGUUCAAGCCCUUACUAUCGGCGUUGUCAGAAGAUGAAGAACCCCGAGCGAAGCGCGCCAGAUUGGAGACACCAUCAGCGUCGACAUCAGACUACCCCACUCUUGUCGACAAUUCCCGCGUGGACUACUCGAGCGAGGGAAAGCUUGAUCGGCCAAGCUUGAGGAGAGGAUUGAAGAAGACCAUCUUUCACGCUGCUAGCGCACCGGAGACGAGGGAUCCCAGUAGGAAACGGAUGUACGCUCUGUGGCAAGCGGACGAAGAGGAUGAUGAGUGAUAUACCUGUUCUCUGUACUCGCUGUGUGUACUUUCUACAUGUUUCUGGGCUGGCUUGAGGUCUUUGCAGGUUCUCAUCGUGCUUUGCCCCGUUCAAGUCGAACUUGAUCUUGUCAGAUGACCGUGC